GUGACGUAAUCGUUUGUGCUGCUUGUACUAUUCACACCGGCUUGGGUUUUUUUUUGCUCUGUACCGUUUUUGACAGUCACCAAAGCGUGGAAUCAUCAUGGUGCUCGAUUUAGACCAAUUUCGAACCGAUAAAGGCGGUGAUCCUGAAGUAAUCAGAGAAACUCAAAGGAAAAGGUUCAAAGAUGUGUCACUUGUGGAUAAACUAGUACGCGCAGACACAGAAUGGAGAAAAUGUCGUUUCACUGCCGACAACCUCAACAAGGCAAAGAAUUUAUGCAGCAAGACAGUUGGAGAGAAAAUGAAGAAGAGGGAGCCAGUUGGGGAUGAUGAUGAUUCUGUCCCAGAUGACGCCCAGAACUUGGAGACCCUAACUGCAGACACGCUAUCGCCCCUCACGGUCACCCAGAUCAAGAAGGUCCGUCUGCUUGUGGACGAGGCAGUGCAGAAAUCUGACGGUGAGAGGGUAAAGCUGGAGGAGGAGCGCUUUCAAUACUUGCGAGAGAUCGGGAACCUCCUACAUCCAUCUGUGCCCAUUAGUAAUGAUGAGGAUGCUGAUAACAAAGUUGAGCGCACCUGGGGAGACUGUACUGUGCAGAAGAAGUAUUCCCACGUAGACCUGGUAGUCAUGAUCGAUGGCUACGACGGAGAGAAAGGAGCUAUAGUGGCUGGGAGCCGUGGCUACUUCCUCAAGGGGCCACUGGUUUUCCUGGAGCAGGCAUUGAUCAAUUAUGCUCUGCGGAUGCUCCACAGCAAGAACUACGAAAUGCUCUACACCCCCUUCUUCAUGAGGAAAGAGGUCAUGCAGGAGGUGGCCCAGCUCAGCCAGUUUGAUGAUGAACUUUACAAGGUGAUUGGGAAGAGCAGUGAGAAGUCUGAGGACACGGCCAUAGAUGAGAAGUACCUGAUUGCCACCUCGGAGCAGCCCAUCGCAGCCUUCCUGAGAGACGAGUGGCUGAAGCCAGAGGACCUGCCCAUGCGCUACGCCGGCCUCUCCACCUGCUUCAGACAGGAAGUGGGUUCCCACGGCCGUGACACCCGAGGCAUCUUCAGGGUGCACCAGUUUGAGAAGAUAGAGCAGUUUGUUUUUGCCUCUCCUCAUGACAACAAGUCCUGGGAGAUGAUGGAUGAGAUGAUUGGGACUGCUGAGGAGUUCUACCAGACACUAGGGAUCCCCUACCGCAUCGUCAACAUAGUCUCAGGUGCUCUGAACCAUGCAGCCAGUAAGAAGCUGGACUUGGAGGCCUGGUUCCCAGGCUCCGCAGCCUUCAGAGAGCUGGUCUCCUGCUCCAACUGUUUAGACUACCAGGCCCGUCGGCUGCGUAUCCGCUACGGACAGACCAAAAAGAUGAUGGACAAGGCUGACUAUGUGCACAUGCUCAACGCAACCAUGUGUGCCACCACACGUGUAAUGUGUGCUAUCCUGGAGACGUACCAGACCGAAGAGGGUGUCAUCAUUCCAGAGGUACUCCGGAACUUCAUGCCUCCAGGUAUGACCGAGAUGUUGAAGUUUGUGAAGCCUGCCCCUAUUGACGUGGAGAUGUCCAAGAAGCAGAAGAAGCAGCAGGAUGGCGGGAAGAAGAAGAAGCAGGGAGGUGGAGACCAGCUCCAGAACCAAGUGGAGAACAUGUCUGUCAAUAAUAAUAAUGAUUCUUAGACGUCAUCAUCAUCCCAGUCCUUAUGCUCCCUUCACUUGUUAUCACAGAGCCCUGUUCUACUGUAGAACCAGAGUACUAACUGAAAGAUGAACUGGAAAAGGGAAAGAGGCUGUUAACAGCUUGGGGGGCAAUGGUAAUGUUAGGUCUGCUGCAUGCAAUUAUGGUCAAUGUAAGAUCCAAACAAUGUCUAUCAAGUCAGAUCUCUGGAAUUCUGUGAAAUUUCAUUUGAGGCACUCUUGCGACAUCUUGUAUUCAAGUUGAUGUAUAAAAGGUGCUUUAAGAAAAUACGGUUGCUUUCAUGUUCCAAACUAAAUUGUAAUUAUUUUACUGCAUAUCACCAUAGAUUACACACACUGGACUAUGUCUGUUUUGGGCUUUCUGUGACCCCCUCUCCCCCAAACCUCCCCAUUGUUGCUUGCCUUGAGGUCAUUUGCUUCUAAUUCCGUCUGUAUCUACUAUUGUAAGACGAGGCAUUGAUAAAGUGGUGCACUGUAACAAUACAAGAUCUGAAUGACUCUUU